GGUGCGGGGUGCGGGGUGCAGGGCGCGGGCGGCGGGCGGUGGGCGCGGGCGCGGGCGCGAGCGCAGUGAAGAAACGAGCCCGGGUGCUUAGUAGGGCCGGGAAGACCCCGAGAGCCCAGCGCCGCCCACCAGCGGGCAGAGAGAGAGCAGCAGUGGGUGGACACCGCGGGAAGGUCCGGGGUGCGCGCGUGUACGCGAGCCCCGCCUGCCACCGCCAGAGGCCACCGCCUGGGCAGCGGGCAGCCGGCGAGCAGGCAUGCCGCGGCUCUUGGCGCCCCUGCUCUGCCUGGCCUUGCUGCCCGCGCUCGCCGCGAGAGGCCUGAGAUGCUCCCAGCCAGGUGGGACCUGCCUGAAUGGAGGGAGGUGCGAAGUGGCCAAUGGCACGGAAGCCUGUGUGUGUAGCGGGGCCUUCGUUGGCCAGCGAUGCCAAGACCCCAACCCAUGCCUCAGCACCCCCUGUAAGAACGCAGGGACAUGCCACAUAGUGGACCAUGGUGGCACAGUGGACUAUGCCUGCAGCUGCCCCUUGGGCUUCUCUGGGCCCCUCUGCCUGACACCUCUGGACAAUGCCUGUCUGGCCAACCCCUGCCGCAAUGGGGGCACCUGUGACCUGCUUACCCUCACCGAGUACAAGUGCCGCUGCCCCCCGGGGUGGUCAGGAAAGUCAUGCCAGCAGGCUGACCCGUGUGCCUCCAACCCUUGUGCCAAUGGUGGCCAGUGCCUGCCCUUUGAGUCCUCCUACAUCUGUGGAUGCCCACCCGGUUUCCACGGCCCCACCUGCAGGCAAGAUGUGAACGAGUGCAGUCAGAACCCUGGGCUGUGCCGCCACGGGGGCACCUGCCACAAUGAGGUUGGUUCUUACCGCUGUACCUGCCGUGCCACCCAUACCGGUACCCACUGUGAGCUGCCCUACGUGCCCUGCAGCCCCUCACCUUGUCAGAAUGGGGGCACCUGCCGCCCUACGGGGGACACCACCCACGAGUGUGCCUGCCUGCCAGGCUUUGCUGGCCAGAACUGCGAGGAAAAUGUGGACGACUGUCCAGGGAACAACUGCCAGAACGGGGGUGCCUGCGUGGACGGUGUGAACACCUACAACUGCCGUUGCCCGCCAGAGUGGACAGGUCAGUACUGCACAGAGGACGUGGACGAAUGUCAGCUUAUGCCCAAUGCCUGCCAGAACGGCGGAACCUGCCACAACACCCACGGCGGCUACAACUGUGUCUGCGUCAACGGCUGGACGGGCGAGGGCUGUGGCGAGAACAUUGACGAUUGUGCCAGUGCUGCGUGUUUCCACGGUGCCACCUGCCAUGACCGAGUGGCCUCCUUCUACUGCGAGUGUCCACAUGGUCGCACAGGUCUGCUUUGCCACCUCAAUGAUGCAUGUAUCAGCAACCCCUGCAACGAAGGCUCCAACUGCGACACCAACCCUGUCAACGGCAAAGCUAUCUGUACCUGCCCCUCGGGAUACACAGGGCCAGCCUGCAGCCAGGAUGUGGACGAGUGUGCUCUGGGUGCCAACCCCUGUGAGCACGCAGGCAAGUGCAUCAACACACUGGGCUCCUUUGAGUGCCAGUGCCUGCAGGGCUACACGGGUCCCCGCUGUGAGAUCGAUGUUAACGAGUGCAUUUCAAACCCGUGUCAGAACGACGCCACCUGCCUGGAUCAGAUAGGGGAGUUCCAGUGCAUCUGUAUGCCAGGUUAUGAGGGUGUGUACUGCGAGGUCAACACAGAUGAGUGUGCCAGCAGCCCCUGCCUGCACGGUGGCCAUUGCCUGGACAAGAUCAAUGAGUUCCUGUGCCAGUGCCCCACAGGCUUCAGCGGGCACCUGUGUCAGUAUGAUGUGGAUGAGUGUGCCAGCACGCCCUGCAAGAACAGCGCCAAGUGCCUGGAUGGGCCCAACACCUACACCUGUGUGUGCACAGAAGGCUACACCGGGACCCACUGCGAGGUAGACAUUGAUGAGUGUGACCCUGACCCCUGUCACUAUGGCUCCUGCAAGGAUGGCGUGGCCACCUUCACCUGCCUCUGCCAGCCAGGCUACACAGGCCACCACUGCGAGACCAACAUCAAUGAAUGCCACAGCCAGCCCUGUCGCCACGGCGGCACCUGUCAGGACCGCGACAAUGCCUACCUCUGCCUAUGCCUCAAGGGAACCACAGGACCCAACUGUGAGAUUAAUCUGGAUGACUGUGCCAGUAGCCCCUGCGACUCAGGCACGUGUUUGGACAAGAUCAAUGGCUACGAGUGUGCCUGUGAGCCAGGCUACACAGGGAGCAUGUGCAAUGUUAACAUUGAUGAGUGUGCAGGAAAUCCCUGCCACAAUGGGGGCACCUGCGAGGACGGCAUCGCGGGCUUCACCUGCCGCUGCCCCGAGGGCUACCACGACCCCACAUGCCUGUCUGAAGUCAACGAAUGCAACAGCAACCCUUGCAUCCACGGGGCCUGCCGGGACGGUCUCAAUGGGUAUAAGUGUGACUGUGACCCUGGUUGGAGCGGUACAAACUGUGACAUCAACAACAAUGAGUGUGAGUCGAACCCAUGUGUCAAUGGUGGCACCUGCAAAGACAUGACCAGUGGUUACGUGUGUACCUGCCGAGAAGGUUUCAGUGGCCCCAACUGCCAGACCAACAUCAACGAGUGUGCGUCCAACCCAUGCCUAAACCAGGGCACCUGUAUCGAUGAUGUAGCCGGGUACAAGUGCAACUGCCCUCUGCCUUACACAGGAGCCACGUGUGAGGUAGUGCUGGCGCCAUGUGCCAACAGCCCCUGCAAAAACAGCGGGGUGUGCAAGGAAUCUGAGGACUACGAGAGUUUUUCCUGCGUCUGCCCUACUGGUUGGCAGGGGCAAACCUGUGAGAUCGACAUCAACGAGUGUGUGAAGAGCCCGUGUCGUCAUGGGGCUUCCUGCCAGAACACCAAUGGUGGCUACCGCUGCCUCUGCCAUGCCGGCUACACGGGCCGCAACUGUGAGAGCGACAUCGAUGACUGUCGGCCCAACCCGUGUCACAAUGGCGGCUCCUGCACCGAUGGCAUCAACACGGCCUUCUGCGACUGCCUGCCCGGCUUCCAGGGAGCUUUCUGUGAGGAGGACAUCAAUGAGUGUGCCAGCAACCCCUGCCGUAAUGGUGCUAACUGCACCGACUGUGUGGACAGCUACACGUGCACCUGUCCAGCCGGCUUCAACGGCAUACACUGCGAGAACAACACACCAGACUGCACGGAGAGUUCCUGCUUCAAUGGCGGCACCUGCGUGGACGGCAUCAACUCCUUCACCUGUCUUUGUCCUCCCGGCUUCACUGGCAGCUAUUGCCAAUACAACGUCAACGAGUGUGACUCACGGCCAUGUCUGCACGGCGGCACCUGCCAGGACAGCUACGGCACCUACAAGUGCACCUGCCCACAGGGCUACACUGGCCUCAACUGCCAGAACCUCGUGCGCUGGUGCGACUCCUCUCCCUGCAAGAAUGACGGCAGAUGCUGGCAGACCAACACUCAGUACCACUGUGAGUGCCGCGGUGGCUGGACCGGCUUCAACUGCGACGUGCUCAGCGUGUCCUGUGAGGUGGCUGCGCAAAAGCGAGGCAUCGACGUCACCCUCCUGUGCCGGCAUGGAGGGCUCUGUGUGGACGAGGAUGACAAACAUCACUGCCACUGCCAGGCGGGCUACACGGGCAGCUACUGUGAGGAGGAGGUGGACGAGUGCUCACCCAACCCCUGCCAGAACGGAGCCACCUGCACUGACUACCUAGGCGGCUAUUCCUGCAAGUGUGUGGCUGGCUACCAUGGAUCCAACUGCUCUGAGGAGAUCAAUGAGUGCCUGUCCCAGCCCUGCCAGAACGGGGGCACCUGCAUCGACCUGACCAACACCUACAAGUGCUCCUGCCCCCGGGGCACCCAGGGUGUGCACUGUGAAAUCAACGUGGAUGACUGCCAUCCCCCCCUUGACCCUGCCUCUCGGAGCCCCAAGUGCUUCAACAAUGGCACCUGCGUGGACCAGGUGGGUGGCUACAGCUGCACCUGCCCACCGGGUUUUGUAGGAGAGCGGUGCGAAGGUGACGUCAACGAGUGUCUCUCCAACCCCUGUGACCCCCGAGGCACUCAGAACUGCGUGCAGCGCAUCAACGACUUCCACUGCGAGUGCCGAGCUGGCCAUACCGGGCGCCGCUGUGAGUCUGUCAUCAAUGGCUGCAGAGGCAAACCAUGCAAGAAUGGGGGUGUCUGCGCCGUGGCAUCCAACACCGCCCGAGGAUUCAUCUGCAGGUGCCCUGCGGGCUUCGAGGGCGCCACAUGUGAAAACGACGCCCGUACUUGUGGCAGCCUACGCUGCCUCAAUGGUGGCACAUGCAUCUCGGGCCCACGCAGCCCCACCUGCCUGUGCCUGGGCCCCUUCACAGGCCCCGAGUGCCAGUUCCCAGCGAGUAGCCCCUGCGUGGGUGGCAACCCAUGCUACAACCAGGGCACCUGCGAGCCCACCUCCGAGAGCCCUUUCUACCGCUGCCUGUGCCCUGCCAAGUUCAACGGGUUGCUGUGCCACAUCCUGGACUACAGCUUCACUGGCGGUGCUGGGCGUGACAUCCCCCCACCACAGAUUGAAGAGGCCUGCGAGCUGCCCGAGUGCCAGGAGGACGCGGGCAACAAGCUCUGCAGCCUGCAGUGCAACAACCAUGCAUGUGGCUGGGACGGCGGUGACUGCUCGCUCAACUUCAACGACCCCUGGAAGAACUGUACGCAGUCCCUGCAGUGCUGGAAAUACUUCAGCGACGGCCGCUGCGACAGCCAGUGUAACACGGCUGGCUGCCUCUUCGACGGCUUCGACUGCCAGCGCACAGAGGGCCAGUGCAACCCCCUGUAUGACCAGUACUGCAAGGACCACUUCAGCGACGGCCACUGUGACCAGGGAUGUAACAGCGCUGAGUGUGAGUGGGACGGGCUGGACUGCGCAGAGCACGUGCCAGAGCGGCUGGCAGCCGGCACGCUGGUGGUGGUGGUGCUGCUGCCACCUGAGCAGCUGCGCAACAACUCCUUCCACUUCCUGCGUGAGCUCAGCCACGUGCUGCACACCAACGUGGUCUUCAAGCGUGAUGCCCAAGGCCAACAGAUGAUCUUUCCCUACUACGGCCAUGAGGAGGAACUUCGAAAGCACCCUAUCAAGCGCUCUGCAGCGGGCUGGGCCUCACCCAGCUCCCUGCUCAGCCAGGCCACUUCUUCGGUGCUCCCAGGCUCCAGUGGUGGGCGCCAGCGCAGGGAGCUGGACCCCAUGGAGAUCCGUGGAUCCAUCGUCUACCUGGAGAUCGACAACCGACAGUGUGUACAGUCGUCUUCGCAGUGUUUCCAGAGUGCCACCGAUGUGGCCGCCUUCCUGGGGGCACUUGCCUCCCUUGGCAGCCUCAACAUCCCCUACAAGAUUGAAGCCGUGAAGAGUGAAACGGUGGAGCCACCGCUGCCCCCGCAGCUGCACCUCAUGUACGUGGCCGCCGCCGCUUUCGUGCUGCUCUUCUUUGUGGGCUGCGGGGUGCUGCUGUCCCGCAAGCGCAGGCGGCAGCAUGGCCAGCUCUGGUUCCCUGAGGGCUUCAAGGUGUCGGAAGCCAGCAAGAAAAAGCGGCGAGAGCCCCUGGGUGAGGACUCUGUUGGCCUCAAGCCCCUGAAGAAUGCCUCAGAUGGUGCCCUGAUGGACGACCAGAACGAAUGGGGAGACGAAGUCCUGGAGACCAAGAAGUUCCGGUUUGAGGAGUCAGUGGUUCUCCCCGACCUGGAUGAUCAGACUGACCACCGGCAGUGGACCCAGCAGCACCUGGACGCCGCCGACCUGCGCAUGUCUGCCAUGGCCCCAACACCUCCCCAGGGCGAGGUAGACGCAGACUGCAUGGAUGUCAAUGUCCGAGGACCAGAUGGCUUCACACCCCUCAUGAUCGCCUCAUGCAGUGGAGGGGGCCUGGAAACCGCCAACAGUGAAGAGGAAGAAGAUGCACCUGCCGUCAUUUCCGACUUCAUCUAUCAAGGCGCCAGCCUUCACAACCAGACAGAUCGCACCGGGGAGACUGCCCUACACCUGGCCGCCCGCUACUCUCGCUCUGAUGCCGCCAAGCGCUUGCUGGAGGCCAGUGCAGACGCCAACAUCCAGGACAACAUGGGUCGCACCCCGCUGCAUGCAGCUGUUUCUGCCGAUGCUCAGGGUGUCUUCCAGAUCUUGCUUCGGAACCGAGCCACAGACCUGGAUGCCCGCAUGCAUGACGGCACGACACCACUAAUCUUGGCUGCGCGCUUGGCUGUGGAGGGCAUGCUGGAGGACCUCAUCAACUCACAUGCUGACGUCAAUGCCGUGGAUGAUCUAGGCAAAUCAGCCUUGCACUGGGCAGCGGCUGUGAACAACGUGGACGCUGCGGUGGUUCUCUUGAAGAACGGAGCCAACAAGGACAUGCAGAACAACAAGGAAGAGACUCCUCUGUUCCUGGCCGCCCGUGAGGGAAGCUACGAGACUGCCAAGGUGCUGCUGGACCACUUUGCCAACCGGGACAUCACGGACCACAUGGACCGCCUGCCGAGGGACAUCGCGCAGGAACGCAUGCACCAUGAUAUCGUGCGCCUGCUGGACGAGUACAACCUGGUGCGCAGUCCCCAGCUGCAUGGCACCGCCCUGGGCGGCACACCCACCUUGUCUCCCACUCUCUGCUCGCCCAAUGGCUACCUGGGCAACCUCAAGUCUGCUGCACAGGGCAAGAAGGCCCGCAAGCCCAGCACCAAAGGGCCGGCCUGCGGCAGCAAGGACGCUAAAGACCUCAAGGCCCGGAGGAAGAAGUCCCAGGACAGCAAAGGCUGCCUGUUGGACAGUUCGAGCAUGCUGUCACCAGUAGACUCUCUCGAGUCACCCCACGGCUAUCUGUCAGACGUGGCCUCACCGCCCCUCCUGCCCUCCCCAUUCCAUCAGUCCCCAACCAUGCCUCUUGGCCACCUGCCUGGCAUGCCCGACACCCACCUGAGCAUCAGCCAUCUGAAUGUGGCUGCCAAACCAGAGAUGGCAGCAUUGGGUGGGGGCGGCCGGCUGGCUUUUGAGCCUGGCCCCCCGCGCCUCUCCCACUUGCCUGUAGCCUCUAGUGCCAGCACGGUGCUGGGCGCCAGUGGAGCAGGGGCUGUGAAUUUUACCGUGGGUGCGCCUACCAGCUUGAAUGGCCAGUGCGAGUGGCUUUCCCGGCUGCAGAACGGCAUGGUCCCGAACCAGUACAACCCUCUGCGGGGAAGCGUGACACCGGGCACGCUGAGCACACAGGCACCUGGCCUCCAGCAUGGUAUGAUGGGUCCGCUGCACAGCGGCCUCUCUACCAAUACCCUGUCCCCGAUGAUCUACCAGGGCCUGCCCAACACACGGCUGGCCACCCAGCCACACCUGGUGCAGACCCAGCAGGUGCAACCACAGACUUUGCAAAUACAGCCUCAGAACCUGCAGCCACCAUCGCAGCCACACCUCACCGUGAGCUCCGCAGCUAAUGGGCACCUGGGCCGGAGCUUCCUGGGUGGGGAGCCCAGCCAAGCGGACGUGCAGCCCCUGGGCCCCAGCAGCCUGCCUGUGCACACCAUCUUGCCCCAGGAGAGCCAGGCCCUGCCCACAUCACUGCCAUCCUCGCUGGUCCCACCCAUGACCACUGCCCAGUUCCUGACCCCACCAUCCCAGCACAGCUGUUCCUCUUCACCUGUGGACAACACCCCCAGCCACCAGCUGCAGGUGCCCGAGCACCCCUUCCUUACCCCAUCUCCAGAGUCCCCGGAUCAGUGGUCCAGCUCCUCCCCACAUUCCAACCUCUCUGAUUGGUCCGAGGGCAUCUCCAGCCCGCCCACCAGCAUGCAGUCCCAGAUUUCACACAUUCCUGAUGCCUUCAAGUAAACAUCAGGCUGUGGACCCCAGCUUCCAUUCCCAAGCCCUGCUGGGUGGUGUUUCCAGUGCUCCGGGAUGUUGGGGUGACCAAAGGAGCCUUUUUU